UUUUUUUUUUUUUUUUUUUUUUUGGCUUCAUUAGCGUCAAACAACUAAUUGGACAUUAGCAAAUAAUCUACAAACAAUCUAUUUUCCACAGCACAUAAAAAAAAAGAGGAAUGACUGCUCAUCAUCCACCGUUGCAUAAGAACAAUAGCACUGUUUCAAGUUCCUCGCAGUCGUCUACCAAUAUUGUUGGAGUACAUUAUAGAGUUGGAAAAAAGUUAGGAGAAGGAAGUUUUGGAGUUCUGUAUGAAGGGCUCAACUUACUAAAUAAUCAAUCUGUUGCCAUUAAAUUUGAGCCAAGAAAAUCCGACGCCCCACAAUUACGAGAUGAAUACAGAACGUAUAAAGUACUUGCCGGUUUACCCGGUGUUCCGAGUGCUUAUUACUUUGGCCAAGAAGGAUUGCACAAUAUUCUUGUGAUUGAUUUACUCGGCCCGAGCUUGGAAGAUUUAUUUGACAUGUGUGGAAGAAAACAUUCCAUCAAGACCGUUGCCAUGCUGGCUAAGCAAAUGAUCAACCGUGUCGAAAGCGUUCAUGAAAGAAACUUAAUUUACAGAGAUAUUAAACCUGAUAACUUUCUCAUUGGUCGCCCUGGAACAAAAUAUGCAAACAUGGUGUUUAUGAUUGAUUAUGGAAUGGCAAAGUUAUAUCGUGAUCCGAAAACAAAGCAACAUAUACCUUACCGAGAACGUAAAAGCUUGUCGGGAACUGCAAGAUACAUGAGUAUUAAUACCCAUUUAGGAAGAGAGCAAUCAAGACGAGAUGAUUUAGAAUCACUUGGCCAUGUGUUUAUGUAUUUCUUGAGAGGAUCACUACCUUGGCAAGGGCUGAAGGCUGCGACAAACAAACAAAAAUACGAACGUAUUGGCGAGAAAAAGCAGACGACACCAGUGAAAGAAUUGUGUGAUGGAUUCCCAGAGGAGUUUGGCAUCUAUUUACAGUAUGUACGUAAAUUAGGGUUUGAAGAAUCCCCUGAUUAUGACUUCUUGAGAGAACUAUUUAACAAGGUUUUACGUCGUAUGGGUGAUUCCGAUGACGGAAUAUAUGACUGGAUGUUACUUAAUGGAGGAAAAGGAACCGAGACUCGUGAAAGUAGACGUCAAGCACGCGAGGAACAAUCGAAACUUACGCUUCAGCCAACUAGUUAUGCUCGACGAUCAAACCAUACGCCUAAUUCUGUGAAGCGUCAUGCUUCUCACCCUAAUAAUAAUAAUUCUAAUAAUAUUACGCCACCAUUACCAACUAUGCCAACACCUAUUAUAUCAAAUACGCCAAAUGAUGCCUACAAGAAAAUGCCUGACACUCAUAACCAUGGUAACUUAGAUCAACCUUCAUAUGAACAACACAAGGAAGAACAUCGUGGUGGUUUCUGGCAUGCUCUAAUGUCAUUAAUGACUUGUGGUACUCACUAAAAACAAAAAAAAACAAAAAAAAUAUAUAUAUGUGUAUGCAUAUAUAUCGAUAGAUCAUGCUAUACCUUUUUUUUAUCAACU